AUGUCUUCGAAUGACCCUACGGCCGCCACAGGGAAUCAAUGCCUGGAGAGGAGUGAGGAAGUACGAAAUUUAUUAAGUGCUGUCCAAGAACGCAUUGUAGCCUUUAUCCAGUCUGCAGACCAAUAUGAUUUCAGCUCCGCAAAAGUUGAGGAUGCCUCAGCCCGCAGUUCGGCACUGGUACAGAGCAUGAGACCGGAGGAAUUACAAGCCGCUUUGAAUCUCGAGAUCCCUUCAUCAGGUCAGGGACAAAAUGGCUUCCUUCGAAUUCUAGACCAGGUGUUAGAGUACUCGGUCAACACAUGGCACCAGGGAUUUCUGGACAAACUGUAUUCAUCCACAAAUGCGCCGGGUGUCGCAGCGGAGUUGAUUAUCGCCUCAUUGAAUACAAAUGUUCAUGUGUAUCCAGUGUCGCCUGCACUCACUGUUAUUGAAAAAUAUACUUCAAAACAGGUAGCAUCGCUUUUUGGCUUGGAUGGGCCUAAAGCAGGAGGGAUAUCGGUUCAAGGAGGUUCGGCUUCUAACGCUACCUCUAUAGUCGUCGCUCGAAAUACUCUAUUCCCCAAAACUAAGAAGGACGGCUGUGAUGGAUACAAGUUUGUUCUCUUCACUAGUGCACAUGGCCAUUAUUCUAUAGAAAAGGCAGCACAGUCGCUUGGGUUCGGAAGCAGUGCUAUUUGGGCUGUGCCAGUCGACCAAAAAGGACGAAUGAUCCCUCAAUCCCUGGAAAGACUUAUUGUCAAAGCUAAGAGUGAGGGAAGGACACCGUUUUACGUAAAUGCGACCGCCGGGACAACUGUUCUCGGGUCAUUUGACCCUUUGGAACAAAUUGCUUUCAUUUGCCGGAAACAUAAUCUUUGGUUUCAUGUUGAUGCUUCUUGGGGAGGUUCAUAUGCGUUUUCGAGAAGGCAAAGAGCAAAAAUUGCUGGUUCCCACUUGGCGGAUAGCAUCACCGUUAACCCGCACAAAAUGCUAGGCGUUCCGGUGACCUGCUCAUUCCUUCUGGGUGCAGAUAUGAACAAAUUCCACCGGGCAAAUACGCUACCUGCGGCAUAUCUGUUCCAUAACGAUUAUUUAGCUGCUGACCUGAAUGGCAACGCAGAUGUGUCUGUACCCGACGUUUGGGAUCUUGCUGAUAUGACGUUGCAGUGCGGCCGUCGAGCCGAUUCCCUCAAGCUCUUUUUGAGUUGGACUUACUACGGCACAGAGGGGUAUGAGCGUCAAAUCGAUGCCGCUUCUGACAUGGCCGCUUACUUUGCUGCGGCUGUUUCUGAUUGCCCAAAUCUGCUCCUCAUCAGCGAGAACCCACCCCCUUGCCUCCAGGUUUGUUUUUGCUAUGCUCCUAACAAACAACUCGUCUUCCGCCGCGAUCAGGAAAUCGAGGGUAAUCGAAUUGACGAGGAAGAACGAGGCAAGCGAAAUAGCAAGAUAACUGAAGAGGUAGUCCAAAAGCUAGUCCAUUGUGGGUUCAUGGUGGACUUCGCGCCACCAGUUGAGGACGAUCCAUCCGCUGGAGAUGGGAAGUUUCUCAGGUGUGUGGUGAAUUUGCAGACAAAGAAAGAGACUAUCCAUGCCUUGAUAGAUGCUGUUUUGGCUGUUGGGUUGCAGGUUGUUGGGCCAUGUGGGCGUUUUGUAGGAGCAAAACCAUUCCGCAUGGGAAAUCCUGGAGAGCGUGGACAUGGGCCAGUUGUUCGUCAUUGA